GCGCCGAUCACAUAAAUAAUAAAUGCUGCGCUAGCCUACGUGUGUUUUUGUACUGCGCCAGCCACAACACAUCGCUGCGUGCCCAAAAUUGCGCUCGCGAAACCUGGAUCUACCAGCUCUGCGCUCCCGACCUGAUCCAUCAGCUCUGCUCAGCUGCAGCAUGGUUUUACCUAUUCUUGCCAGCGCUCACGCGCGCGACGGCAACGUAGCCGGCGUGCAGCGCUACCUCGUCGGCGACCCGGUGAGCUAUCCCGGGCAGGGCCCGGGCGACAUACAUGAUGUCAACGGCGACGGCUGGGGCCUGUUGCGCCUCGCGGCCACCUGCGUUAAUGAGACACGUGGUGUCCGACUCAUGCGAUUCCUGCUGAGCCGCGGCGUUGACGUGGACCAGUGCGCACGCCCGGGUACCGCGACGGCGCUCCAUAACGCUUGCCUCGGUCAUCGGAGCACGGCCGUCGAGUUAUUAGUCAGCCACGGGGCCAACGUGCAUAACAACAUCUGGGCGCCGCCGGCUUUCAUGGCAGCUGGGGCGCUCGAUUCUGAUUUACAUGAGAGCCCCCCCGCGGAAGCACUCUGGCAGAGGUACAAGUGCGUGCUGCACCUUGUACGCGCGGGUGCAAGGCUCGACGGCACCGUUAUAAAUUUCGAUGCGCAGGGCCCCGAGCCUCGAGACGUGCAGAUGAGCCUCGAGCAGGUCUUCGAAAAGUUGAUGGGCGAACGCGAGGACUCUGAGGAGCUCCGGUACCUCGAGCUCUCGCACGAGCUGGUGAGGGCCGUCCGCGCCGCCGGCGGCACGUGGCGCCAGUACGUGCGCCAGUACGUACUGGCGACGCCGAAGGAGCUGCUGCGGCUCCGGUCGCAAGUGGCGCGGGGCAAGGCGCGGGCCAAAGUGCGCGCGCGGGCGAAGACGCCGCGCGAACUCCAAUGGCUCAUGUCCCCCAAUUUGCCGAACGAGCUCUGCUGGCGCGUGCUGGAGUACUGGAACCCGCGGUCGGGCGAGGCGCACUUCGAGGGGCUCCUUCGGGGCAAUCCCGACGCGCAGCGCGAGGUCGCGGUGGCCGCCGGCCCGGCCCCUGCGUUGCCGUAGGCCUCAAGGAACCGCCGCUGUGUAAGAAACCUGUAAGACGACGACGACGAGAUAUGGAAACAGUUUUUU